AAACAGCGCAACGCCACAUCUUAUCGCGGUCAAGCAGGCGCGUAACAGCGUUGCACCAUCGCAGUUACAUCUGAAGACAGAGAAAGGGAAGAAGAAGAAGAAAAAAAAAACAAGUCUCGCUCCUGGCUGCGGCACGCCUGUUUCUGACAGUUGGUGGUCCAGGGAUGCAGGUGGACAGCACAGAGUCCGAGUCUUUCUGCGCACAGACACAACAAAAGGAUGACAUGUGAUCGACUCGUCCGACUGGCGCCACUCUACCUGAUGCUCUGCGCCGCGGGAGCGGCUGGAAUCGUUCAAGGCGCGCAGGAUUUUAAGAGGAAAGCUUCAAUACUUCUAAAAGAGGAACCCAAGAACCCUAAAUGCUUUGCAGAGUCCAAGAAGGACUUUGUGUGCUUCUGGGAGGAAGAUGAGGAGAGGGCAGGCUCUGUGGAUCAGUACUCCUUCACAUAUGCCUACCAAAAUGAGAAGAACAGCACGUGCCCGCUGGAGGUCCUGCCUUCAGCAGGUGGGAAAAAGCUCUUCGUCUGCCAUUUGAACCGGGUCCAGAUGUUUGUCCAGCUGGAUGUGCAGGUUCAGCGGGAGGGGGUGCAGAUCUACAACCGCAGCCUUCUCAUUGAGCUUCUGUUUCUGCUCGACCCCCCUAAGAGUGUGACUGUGAGCACCACGGGUCAUCAGGGGCAGCUGAACGUGAGCUGGGUGCCGCCUUCUCUGAAGUACAUGGACGACAGCAUGAUCUACGAGGUUCUCUACGCUCCGGCAGACAGUGACUUCGGGCAGGUGGAGCUGAUACAAGCCUGCUCCGAAAUGAUCCUGAGGGGCCUCGAGGCUGGCACAAUGUACCAGGUUCAGGUCCGCGUCAACUUGGAUGGCAUCACCUACGACGGCUACUGGAGCGCCUGGAGUGACCCCGUUUUCACUGAGACUUUGCCUGCAGAACUUGACCCACUCGUAGUGUCCCUGACCGUCAUCGUCUCCUUCAUCCUCGUUCUGCUCUGUCUUGCUAUGCUUCUGUCCCAUCAAAGGUUCCUUAUCAAGAAACUUUGGCCGGUUAUUCCAACUCCAGACAGCAAAUUCCAAGGUCUCUUUACAGUUUAUGGUGGGGACUUCCAGGAGUGGUUAGGACAGACCAGCGGAAGCUUAUGGCUGACUUCCCCUUUCAUCCUCCCUGAAGAAUGUCCUUCUCCACUGGAAGUGCUCUCAGAAUUCAACCUUUGCCCUCCACUGUCCUCCCCACCUCUUCCACCCAAGGCCUCUAAAGCCUUGACCCGUGUGAGAAAUGAGGACGGGGUUAUGAAGAAAGGUCUUCUUGGCAGAGAGUCGGUGGACGGGGUUGAUUCCGUCCAAACAAACGGGUGGAGAACCCCACUUCAUGACGACUGGCUCUUGGAUCGUCUACGGGAAUUCCAACAGCACCCCGUCCCAACCUCCCAGUGCUCUCUACUGGAAUCUCAAGACGCCUACAUCUCUCUCACUGGCAACAAACAAAUCGAAGGAGAGCACAUGGAGGACACUCUCGAAGAAACCUCACCCCUUGGGGUGCUUUUUGCCUCCAGGAAGACCACCUUGAGUGAGUCCCACUCUGACCUGGGCUCUGUGCAGCAAAGCUCCGGUUGUGGGAACCUUUCGUCUCAGUCCAGCUUCGAGUAUCCAAACCAUGCCUGGAUAACCAGAGAUCCGGGAUACACCUACAUGGCAGUAGCAGAUUCUGGGGUCUCCAUGGAUUACAGCCCCAUGAGCAGAGCAGACGACAUUGGCAAAGUGGUUAUCUACGCCAAUGACUACAAAAAUGAUGUUCCUCCUCAUAGAAGACCUUUCCUGGUGAGGCAGUACCCUGUCGACGACGACGACUGAGAGGAAGCCAACUUGAGUCGGCAUCGCAUAUGGUGAGAGCAUGGAGAACAGCGUUUGGAUAUUGAACCCGGGCUAAUGAUAGCCUCUCGUCAACUGUUAAGAAAAUAACCACGGAGCUGAAAGACACCACCAAAAGAACUCAAAGACAAUGAUACAACGGAUAUUCUGUAAAGGAAAUGACACACAUGAAACAAUAGAAACUGAUUCACAAGACUUACCAAUAUUCAGCGCUCUUUCUACCUAUCAACCAUAUCUUUCAGAUUAGAUCCUGAGUGCUUAAAGGGUUUUAGAUU